GUAGGAUCUUUUAAUUAUGACGCAAGCCCCAAAUUGUACGGUCACCAAACAACCUUCUGUAGAUUUUUUCUCACACUCUCUCGUUUCUUAGAUUUCUAGCUCAACGCCAACACCAAAAGCGAAAGAAAAAUCAAAGAAAAUAAAAGACCAGAAAAGACCAAAAAGCAGAGGUUUUAAUCUGAUUUUUUUCUUCUUUAAAUCCAUAAAGCAAACAACACUAUAAAAAAUCAAGGUACCCCCAUUUUUCAGCUUCCUACCCCAUCUUGCUAAAGAAAUUUCAACAAGAGUUUUUUUUGUUGAUUGUCAUUUGUUGACUUUUGCUUGCAUCCUCAUUGACAAGGUCUGAUCUACAAGGAGGAGGAGAUAAGAAGGCUUUUAUUUUGGAGGAUAUUGGGUUUUUUUUUUUUGUGGUUGAAUUAGGUGUUUGUUAGUUUUUUUUUUUUUGUUUUUUUUCCUUAGGUUUGGGAAAAUAUGACAACUUCGUGGGCAGAUUCUGUAGCAGACUCUGCAUCUGAAACUGUAGUUUCAGACAACAAUUCCUUACGUCGUCCAACUCGGUCCACUUAUGUCCCGCCCCACCUUCGUAACCGUCCAUCUUCCGACACACCUAACCUUUCAGGACCGGUUACUGAGAGGACAAGUUUUAGUGGUACCACCGGCGUGUCCCAAUGGUCCCGGCCAAGCAUUGGGGGCGGUGGCGGUGGGACUAAGCCCGAAAUAGGGCGUCAGGGUCAUGUAUAUGGCUCUUCUGGACGUGGCGGUGGUGGUUGGAACAAUAGAAGUGGUGGUUGGAAUAGGAGAGAAAGGGAAGUAAAUCCAUUUGAUGAUAAUGAUGAAGCUGAUGUUAAGGACCAAGCAUGGGAUGAACAAGAGAAUUCGGGGAUCAAUUUCGAUGCUUACGAGGACAUUCCGGUGGAAAUUAGUGGUGAAAAUGUGCCACCACCUGUAAAUACAUUUGUUGAUAUAGAUUUAGGGGAGCUUUUGAAUCAAAACAUUAGGAGAUGCAAGUAUGUGAAACCGACUCCAGUUCAACGACACGCUAUCCCUAUAGUAUUAGGAGGUAGAGAUUUAAUGGCUUGUGCUCAAACAGGGUCUGGGAAGACAGCUGCUUUCUGCUUUCCAAUUAUUAGUGGAAUUAUGCAGGAACAGUAUGUACAGAGACCGCGUGUAGCACGAACUGUUUACCCUCUUGCUCUCAUUUUAUCUCCCACAAGGGAGCUUUCUUGUCAAAUACACGAUGAGGUGAAAAAAUUCUCAUAUCAAACUGGUGUCAAGGUUGUAGUUGCCUACGGAGGGGCACCAAUUACCCAACAGUUGCGAGAGCUGGAGAGAGGAGUUGAUAUUCUAGUGGCAACUCCAGGGCGAUUGGUUGAUUUGCUAGAGAGGGCUAGAGUAUCAUUGCAGAUGAUAAGAUACUUAGCGCUCGAUGAGGCAGAUCGUAUGCUUGAUAUGGGUUUCGAGCCACAAAUCAGGAAGAUAGUGGAACAAAUGGACAUGCCUAAUCGGGGUGUGCGACAGACAAUGUUGUUUAGUGCCACCUUUCCAAGAGAGAUACAGAGACUUGCAUCUGAUUUUCUUGCAAAUUACAUAUUCUUGGCUGUUGGGAGGGUUGGUUCUAGCACGGAUUUGAUUGUUCAAAGGGUUGAAUUUGUUCAAGAGUCUGAUAAAAGAAGUCAUCUCAUGGAUCUUCUGCAUGCACAAAGGGAAAACGGAGCUCAUGGAAAGCAAGCUUUGACAUUAGUUUUUGUGGAGACAAAAAAAGGAGCUGACUCAUUGGAACAUUGGUUGUGCAUUAAUGGAUUCCCAGCAACCACUAUCCACGGUGAUAGGACUCAACAGGAAAGGGAACUAGCAUUGAGAUCUUUCAAGAGCGGAAAGACCCCAAUUUUAGUGGCAACAGAUGUGGCCGCUCGUGGUCUUGAUAUACCCCAUGUAGCUCACGUGGUCAACUUUGAUCUCCCUAAUGACAUUGAUGAUUACGUCCAUCGGAUUGGAAGGACAGGGCGUGCCGGUAAAACAGGAUUGGCAACUGCUUUCUUUAACGAAGGCAAUUUGUCAAUGGCAAGGCCACUAGCUGAGCUAAUGCAAGAAGCAAAUCAAGAGGUACCUGCAUGGCUUACCCGAUAUGCAUCCCGGGCUCCUUACGGUGGUAAUAAAAACCGACGAUAUGGAGGAGGAGGAGGAGGGCGUUUUGGUGGGCGUGAUUUCAGAAGGGAGGGUUCAGUUGGUAGGAACCUAGAUCACUACGGCGGAGGUAAUAGUGGCACUGCAUAUGGAUUUCCCGGGAAUUAUGGCGGAGGAGGAUAUGCUCCGGGAAUGACAAGUGCUUGGGAUUAGAUCCCACUUUAUACUGGACUAUAUAUUUUGUAUUUCGCUGAGUAUAUAUAUUUUUCGUCAGAUGUUCAAGGAUCAA